AUGAAGUUUUCACCUCACACCCUCCUGGCCACCCCGACUGCUCUGGAUGUCGUCGACGAGGCGAGUGCGCCCUGCUACUUCGCGAAUGGCGACCAGGCUGAGGGCUAUCACACAUGCGACGUGAAAUCGCCCGUGUCAUCUUGCUGUCCGUCAGGGUACACCUGUUCGGGCAACGCCUUGUGCGUCUUGACGACCCCGUCGUCCCUCGGGCAGCCGGAUUCGGCUCCAGGCACAGUUUCAAGGGGCGCCUGCACAGAGCCGCGGUGGAACGGGAAUUCCUGCGGCGGCAACUGCUUGGACUCGGAAGAUGCGACAGGGGGAGCAGGCUGUCAUCCAGUCGGUGACGGCGGAGGGGAGCGGGAUUGUUGCGCAGGCGGUAACGCGCCGGGAAGCUGCAUCUGCUCGAGUAACGUCGCCGAGGUAACCCUGGGGGAGGCAGAAGAGACCCAGAUGAUUCUCGGCAGGCGGGCAGCCCGUUUCUCAAAAACGACUUCGUAUCCGGUCAGACCUAAGCAAGCCCGGCUCCAUCACGCUUCGAAGACGGUUUCUCAGGGUGUCAUAUCGACUGAGGCAGGUUCUUCUGACAUGUUCACGGGCCAUUAUAGUUCGUGGGUGAGGACUAGCUCAUCCGUGGAGUCGGUCCCGUUGACCACCCCGUUGACGCCGCCGACAUGGAGUGGAGACUGGUCGGAGAAGACUACGGGCGGCACGGAGGAGCUCUCGAAGUCGGCGACAACCUCACAGCCCGGCACUAUCACCAGUCCAAGCAUACCAUCCACAGAAACACCAAUGACAACAACCAUAUCGAUCAUAGCAUCCUCCCUUAUCCGCUCUUCCUCAUCAUCACCCUCAUCCUCAACAUCGGCCAGCAUAUCACCCUCAGUGCCCACAGUCGUUCCCAUCUUCCCAGACGGGGCAUCAUCAGACGCGUCCCCCUCCCCCGAGGCCGCAACGUCCUCCCUGGCCACCAAGCUCGGCCUGGGCCUGGCCAUCCCGCUCGUCGUGCUCGCCGUCGCGCUCCUCACGGCGUGCGUCUACCGGCGCCAGCGGCGCCUCCGGUACGCGCGGGCGCCGCCCUUUGACUUCAACGCCCCGGAGACGGCCCCCGUGAGCGCGGCCGAUUUCGCCCCUGCCGCCGCCGAUCAUAGAGACCAUCAUCCCGCCCCCAGGAGAGGCGCCCAGCAGCAGACCUACCGGUCCAGGUCGGACUGGGGCGCGGGCGUGAACGCUGGCGCGUGGGCUGGGACCCGGACUGCGGCCUGGGGUGGUGGAUGGUCAUCGUACGAUGACAGCCAAGUGGACUUUGUCGGCCGCUCACACGGAAACCAGGGGUAUUACUACCCUGGAGGCCACGGAGUGCCAGUCUCAUCGCCGGUGCCAGCGCCGGGCUACGAGGACCUCGGCAGCCCGUACGAGGACCGCGGGCACGCGCACCAGGUCCCCGUGGUCCAGGUCCACCGGCCGCAGUGGACGCCGGCCCCGGCGCGAGAUCCGGAGGACCAGGGCCAGGGACUGGGACAGGGGCGACGGUUAGAACGGCCUCCGCGGCGGGAUGUGGCCAGGGUGAGCCGCGGGCUGAGCGUCAAUGAGGAAGUGAGCCCGCUGAGCUCCACGGGGAGCGGGAUGCCGUAUCCUCGGACGUCGGCCAUUUCGGGCAUGGGGUGGGAGGCAAAUCCGCGGGUGUCACGAGGAUAG